AGCCGCCAAACCGUCAUCUUUCUCCAAGUCUCGCGAUAACAACAUACCUGAGCGAGUACCGUUAGUGACACCUGAAGCUGUGGACCGACCGGAGCAGGAGACCGGAGACCGGAGACCGGGGACGAGAGAGGAGACCUGAGGAUGUCUUUGAAUGAAGAGGGUUAUGUGGUUCGGAUCAGAGGACUACCAUGGUCCUGCACGCAGGAAGAGGUUGCCAGUUUCUUCUCGGACUGUGACAUCGUUGGGAAAGUAAACGGAGUGUGCUUUACCUACUCUAAAGAAGGCCGUCCCAGUGGAGAGGCAUUUAUUGAGCUGAAAAUGUCUGAGGAUUUCAAGAAUGCCCUAGCAAAGGACCGUAAAUACAUGGGACACCGAUACAUAGAGGUGUUCAAGUCAAACCGUAGUGAAAUGGACUGGGUGCUGAAACGCAGCGGUCCUGCUGACUAUGACAGCUGCAGCGGCUGCAUGCUGCGACUUAGAGGCCUUCCGUUUGGUUGCAGCAAGGAGGAGAUUGUUCAGUUCUUCUCAGGGUUGAGAAUCGUGCCAAAUGGGAUUACUCUGCCAGUGGACUACCAGGGGAGGAGCACAGGGGAAGCCUUCGUGCAGUUUGCCUCAAAGGAGAUAGCAGAAAAGGCUCUGGGGAAACACAAGGAAAGAAUAGGGCACAGGUAUAUAGAGAUUUUUAAGAGCAGUCGCAAUGAGAUCAGAGCCUACUACGAGCUGCCCCGGCGGGGAAUGGGAGGCCAGAGACCAGGGCCCUACGACAGACCCAUGAUGGGGGGGCCCAGAGGAGGGUUUUUUGGGCCCGGGCCCGGGCCUGGCCGCAGUGGGGCUCUGAUGGAUACCAUGAGGAGUGGAGGGGGCUAUGGAGGAGGUUACGGUGACUUUGACAACUACAAUGGUUUCAACAACUACUGUUUUGGCAACGGCAUGUUUGAUGAGCGAUUGAGAGGAGAGAGGGGAGGAAGAGCGAUGGGAGGCCAUGGGUACGGUGGUCAAAGUGAUGUUUGUUCAGGCUUCCAUAGUGGCCAUUUUGUUCAUAUGAGGGGUUUACCUUUCCGUGCCACAGAGGGAGACAUCGCUAAAUUCUUCUCUCCUCUGAAUCCACUGAGGGUCCACAUCGAUGUGGCUCCUAACGGCAAGUCGACUGGAGAAGCAGAUGUGGAGUUUCGUUCCCAUGAAGACGCUGUGGCAGCCAUGUCCAAAGACAAGAACCACAUGCAGCAUCGCUAUAUUGAGCUGUUUCUUAACUCAACAGCCAGUGGAGCAGCUGAAAUGAGUCGUGGCGGCGGUGGUUACUACGGUAACUCAGGAGGGGGCGGAGGCUCACGGAGCAGCGGGCUGCGAGGUUCAUACUGAUGAUGUCAUCUCACUCUUCCAAUCCAUCCUGACGUUUGUCUCGCGUCUCUUCAGGUCACAUUUACUCGAUUACUUUUUCUAAGCAGAAGAGCUGAUCUGAAGUCAGUCAUUUGUAGUGUAACAACCAUUCUUUUUAUUGUGGGUUUGUACUAAAACUUCAAUUCAGAUUCGAGAACAGACCAGAUAUGUAUGACCUUAACAAGCACUAUAAUUACACCAUUCCUAAAAGCAUAUGGAGAACAAAGCAAAUGGUCAAUAUUAAUAUAUUGGAGCUGUUGCAGGUGCUGAAAGGGUCAUUGGAGAUUUCUUGUUUAUCUUAUUUUUAAAACAAUUGGAUAUUGUAAUAUUUUACAUAGCUUUUUUUCUCUAGUGAUCUGAUUAAAUCUAACACCUAUAUUUUUUUUCUAGAGUUUUGAAUGGCCUCAAAGGGCGGUAACUUACAAUUAUUAGUGGCUUUAUUGGAAUGCACUUUAAUGAUUUGAUGCAGCAGAAAAUAAUAAUUUUGUGGCACUGUUGGGACCGAGCACGGUCACUCUGAAUCUAAUCAGUUGAGGUGAAUGAUGCUCUUUAGGAGAUGGAGCAUUGAGAAGCAACAUCAGCAUAUUACAAGCAUAUUUAGGCAAGAAAUUCUGAUUUAAAAAAAAAAAUAAAAUCUCAGUUUGUUCUAGUUUAAUAUAAUUUUCAGCAGAUAAUUUGACCACUCUGUAAUAUACUGUUUGAAACCGGAUUUCAGAUCAGUUUUCCUGGUUUAAAAAGUUUGAUAAAUGUGAGCCAGUGUGUUUUUUAUGAAUGUUUUCACAGUUCAUUACAGAAUUUAAAACUAAGUUUAAUAAUAUAUUCCGCUCUCAAAGAAUGGAAGUAAAACAAAAUCUCUAUAUUUGAGCUGUAAGAUAGCUUAUACAGCUGUUGUACAUUUUGUCUAAUAAAUUUUAUAUUUAAUUCUCA